CCUGUGUCUCAUUUAUACAAUUUCUCAGUGUGCAGCAUGAAAGUGGCCACAACUGCAUUUCAUUGUGCACCCCUGAACAUUAAACUUAAUUAUCAGUGCUCGAGUCAUGUUCAAUAGAAAAGUUCAGAUCUCUGGUUUCUGUCCGCAACAAGGCAAUGCAAAUGAGUUAUGAUGCCAAGUCUCCUUUAAGAGCGUGCCGAAUGUCACCGCCUUUAGCAUGUGGGAAGUUCACAUGCAGGCCUUCUGCAAGUUGUAGUUUCACUUUACAGGAAACCGCUGAGGUAUAUAGAGAGAGGGAGGAGGGGAGGGAGGAAUAACUAGCACACAGAAGGACAGAGGUACUGUAAUCUGGAAGAAAGGGUUGAGAAACACACACAGAAUUUGUGAUUCAAAGACAGGACUGACAAGUGUUUCCUGGUAUUUCUUUCUCUGCAACAACAUGGGUUUAAGUUCAACUGAAGACUCACACAGCUCUCCAGAUGUCAACGACCUGAGGAUUGUCCUGCUGGGGAAGACUGGAUCAGGAAAGAGCGCAACAGGAAACACCAUCCUGGGACGACAAGCUUUUACCUCAGAGAUUUCUCCGUCUUCUGUGACAGUGACGUGUAAAAAAGAAACUGGCCACUUUGAUAACAGAACUGUCAGUGUGGUCGACACCCCAGGUGUGUUUGACACAUCGAUAAAGGAAGACCAGCUGAAAGGUGAAAUAGAGACAUGUAUCGUGCUGUCUGACCCAGGACCCCAUAUAUUCCUGCUGGUGAUCAGACUGGAUGUACGGUUCACAGAAGAGGAGAAAAAUGCAAUAAAGUGGAUCAAGAACAACUUUGGUGAGGAAGCCUCCAAUUAUACGCUGGUGCUUUUCACUAGGGGAGAUGAGCUCAAGGGGAAAUCCAUCCAGGAUUAUAUAGACCAAAGUUCUGAACUCAGGGAGUUCAUCGAUGACUGUACAGCUGGGUACCAUGUAUUUGACAACACAUCUAUGGAAAAUCGCACUCAGGUGGCUGAUCUGUUUGAACUGAUAGACGAGAUAGUGCAGUUAAAUGGUAACUAUUACACCAGAAGCAUGUAUGAAGAGGCCCAGAGAAAGAAGAAUUCAAAGGAAUGGUGGAAAAGGGUGGGAGGCUAUAUGAACACUGUGGGUAAUCAGUUGUUUGUGGCAGCAGCAGCCACAGCUGUCCCUGCAGCUGGUGCAGCUGUAAUGGCAGAGGAAGCAGCCCCUGUAGCUGGUGCUUUGUUUACAGCAGCUACAUCCAUGAGAGUGAUUUCAGUGGCCGCAAGUGGAGGAAUUUCAAAGGUCAUGGGGUGGUGGGUGAAACCUAAAACAGACAGCUGAGUCAUGUCAAGCCAUGAUACUUUGUGUAAAGUCAUUCAAUUGAUUUCCUUUUCACACAUUACAUUCAUAUUUGCCCUUUUGUAAAUAUUUAAUGUUGCAUUUAUUCACUCCAUUUAUGUACAUUCAUACAUAUUAAUCGCAGCUUGUCUGCUUUGAACCAUAAAUUAACCUUUUAUGACAAAUGUUUAAAUGUUGAUGCUGCACACUCUUAUCCUGAACAUCAUAUUGUGUGUUGGAUUUGUAAGAAUAAAAUAAAGAAAUAUGACAACAACAA